CAGCCAUUCGAGCAGCGCGAGAUGCGACGGCUGCGUGUGCAUGACCGCAGCAACCAUGGCUGGAUGUACCUCGCAACGCCCCAUGGUCUCGUCGCCGCUAGUACCGUUUCGCAGCCUCGAGCUCGACUCGGCCCCUCGUCCUCCCUAUCCGCUGAUAUCCGCCAUCUUUCGAAUCCGUCAGUCGGCAGCGCAGUCGAUGGGUGCGUGCAGCCAUCACCACCGCCUUCUCCUUGUCACUCGCUCACGUCUCCUCCUCUUUUUGCCGCUCGCGGGUUCACGUGAUUAGCAGAGCGCCCGUUGCGAAUCCAGAGGCGUUACUAUGGCGAUCUUCAAGUUGGCGCGAGAGACGAGUCUGCUCUGCCACGGGGCGUCAGUUCUUGCUGCUGUGGCGCUCGCUCACUGGAUGCUAGCGUGCCACGUCAGCGCGCAGCCUGGGCCAAUCACGUUCCGCAUUGACCCGAGACGGUCGAAUUUGACGUGGGACUCGGAGAUUCCGCCGAAGGAAGGGCAGCUCGCGUCGGUUGUCGUUAUCCCGGGCGGCUUCCCCCUUGCGGGCACUAUAACGGUGGACGUCGUCGAGUGCACGGAUAUACGAACGUCCUUCAAUGUCACCAAGGCGGCCAUCAGCAACACGUCCAUCACGGGCAUCACCCCCGGUGGCCGCCCCGCCCCGGCGUCCAUCAUUGCUCAAGCCAACGCCACCGGUGCUAUCGCCGCUUCCGGCCCCACGCUCAACCUCUCCACCUCGGAGGUGCCACCAUUCGACGUGGACCAGACGUACGGCACCUUCCAGUCCGUGUGGACCGUGCCCACCGCCACGUGGCGCUCGGUGAAGGGCUUCUUCGCGCCCAGCAGGGACUUUGGCGGCGGCCCCUUUGCCGCCUCUAACCUGUCGGCUCCCCUGGCGUCGUUUGGCUUUGUGAAUGGACAGCUGAGCACUAUCCCCGGCAACCAGUCGCGCGUGGACCUCGUCAUCAACUCCACCGCUGUCUUCACCGCCAGGCAGCUGCUGCUGACGGCCAACGCAGCGGCCUCGAUCAUGAAUAUAGUGAUGGGGCAGGGCCAUGUACGCAUGCGCAUCAUUCUGAGGGGAGUGGCAGACAACCCCUGUGCCGUCGCCCCAACACUGCCGCCCUCACCCCGCUCGCGCCCUUGACUGUGCUUGAUCUGCUGUGACCCACGCGUCCUUCUGUUCACCCGGUGAUGAGCAGCUGUGCUGAUUCUCUGGUGUUUUGUGGAUGUGAAUUUGCAGAAUAUGAAUAUGCUGUCUAUUGUUUUCUGUUGCAAAGGAGGUGAACUUCUAGCAUUGUAAAUAGGAUCUUGGAAGUUGGAAGUUGGAACAAUCAGCU